AUGGAUGCUUCGCCUCCCUUAUGGUCGUCGCCGAAAGGCGUUGCAGAGGGAUCUUCAACGGAUGUCCCACAGCACACGAAAAGUGCGGGGGAAGGAACGGCUUCGAUGCCGCGAGGGCAGGCGACCGCCUACGCGCGGCACCCUGCUCUGUCCACCACGGCUCCGUCGUCUUCCAAUGGCGAAACGCUGCUGCUGCAUACAAGCGAUGCUGCAGACCUGACAUUGAACACCGUUCACGCACCGGCUUUUGGGGACGGACCCACCACCUCCAUCGAACUCUCGCCUUCGCCCAGUGCAGACGACUCCUUUCCAAGGAUGGAGGAUGAAGCGAUGUCUACGCCUUCACCCACGGCAUCGGAGAUUCACGUCGACGAGGUUGCGGAUUUAGAGGAGGCAAACGCUGCUGUGGAAGCUGCGCUGCUCAACACGCGAGAUGUGUGGACACGUCAAGUGCACGUCGGCUCUUGUUCUUCUUCUUCUCCGGGUGGAAGCAUCAAAACGAAAAGCGACGUGUUGUCCAACGCAGCAACCUAUGUGAUUGCGCAAGCGCUCUACCGAGCCUCUUUGCUGCGGCGCUGCAUCGAAAAAUGGCAGUCCCAGCAAGAGCGGCAUCGACACCAGCGUCAGCAUCGUGAGCUCUUCGCAGAGGGCUAUUACCAACACAACCUGCGCUAUCUGAUGUUUCGAGCGUGGCAAUGGCGAUACGCGAGUGUCAGACGACGUGCGGAGGCGACGCAGCGAGCCGCCGAGCUCCGUCGACGAACUCUGUGCCAGCGUGCAUUCCACACAUGGCGUGAGUGGAGGCAGCGGCAGCAGUUCUAUCGGCGUCUUGUGCAGGCGCUGCAGCUCGAAGGCCGGGCGGUGCUGCGAGAAGAUUACGUUGAAAAAUGGAGGCGGUGGUGUGUAAGGCGGUCACAGGCAAGGGCGCUGGAGAGGGCGACUCUUCAGCAGACAAGAGGACGUUACGUGGAGCGGUGGCGCAUGGUUGUGUCUGAACGCAAACGAAGACGCCUUCUUGUGCAGGUGAUAUCGUCGCACUCACCAGCAGCCUGGGCAGCGUCAACAGAGGUGUCUACGCGGGAGCUGCUGUGGCGGUAUAGCUGGAUCCAAUGGCUGCGGGUCACCAUGCAGCGCCGUGCGGCCCGACUGCAGUACCGUGAAGACUGCACGCGCGUGUUAUCAGCACAUACAACGAAGACACACCUGCGGUGCUGUUACACGAAAUGGCUGCAAGCUACCUUUGCGAGUUUACAGAGCCGGCAGAUGGCGAAGACGCUGGCGGUGCGUUCCUUCCAAAGGUGGUGCCCGAUGGGGACGCGCUGUCUGAAGGGAAACGCGUGGGUCCGUGACGUGCUGCACCCCCGUGUACUACACCGCUGUUUCCAGCAGUGGCGUGACCGUUGCCAUGCCCGCGCCACGCAGCGCCAUAGGAUGCAGCUCGCUGACACCUUCACAAGCUCCGUGAUGAACCCGCAUGCGGCGCAACGGCUUUUUCAGUUGUGGCACCGACGGUGGUCCUAUCAGGAACGAACGCGUCGCAUGCGGCGAGUGGCGGAGUCGUACGCACGGCCAGCGCUCUUGCGGCACCUCUUCAUGCGUCGGGUCACCGAUGGAGUGCUGAGUUCGGCCGUGGACCCAGACGACGUGGCUGCCGAUGUUGCGUUGUGGCCAGGCGAUAGUGGCAAUGGAAUAGGCUGCCUUUCGAAGGAGCUGCCCGACUCAGAGGGACAGCAAACGAAGCUAGUACAUUAUAAUGAACUCCAGCAACGUCCUUCACAACGCUCAUCGCUUUCUCCCGCAGCCCCUUCGCUCGCGCUCGCAUCCAUGAAGCCUCCCAUACCACUCUGUCCGUUACGUGCGAAGCCACGCGAGGCGGGCACACCAACGGGCGAAGCAUCUAAGGAGAGCAGAGCAGCUACAGAUGCAUCACCGGCACAACGCACCAUUGCGUUGGCAGCGGCACCUUCCACCUUUCCUGCUGCACAGCCUCCACGGACGCCAACGGUGCCUGCGGCGUCAUCUCCAUUUAAAUCUCCCCCGCCGCCGCUGCCGCCGCCUUCGUACGAAGAGGCGAUGCGACGGACUCCUGCAACGACAUCCGAUGCAAACGCCUCACCAACCCAAACGCCGCGAACUGCACGUCUGGACGUCGGCGUGGGCACCGAGGCGACGGCAGGCACAACUUUCGGCCCAGCUAUGUGUGGCACGCUUCACGAGAGUAAAUGGAAUAAGCACGUCAACGCGGACGGUGGGGCUUCCGCUGCCUCCCCACCGCCGCCGCCGCCGCUGGCUCAGCCGCUCUCGAUGACGGAGAUGGAGCUGCCCGCUGCGCCUUCCGUGCCACCUUCGUACCCUCCGCAUUCCCUCUCGUCCGCGGCGCCUCCGUGUUGGUGGCCUCCGCUGCAUCCACCACUCGCUUCGUUGUGGCCCGUCAUUCCAGCCCUGCCGUGCGGCGUAGUCGCCUCGCAGGCCAGCAGCGUCAAUGGAGGGGACCCUCAGGGAGUCGGCGCGCCUUUACUGACGUGCGCCGCUACUGCUGCUGCUGCAGUAGCAGCGAAUGCCCCCGCCACGCCGCUCUUUACGACUGCCCGGCCAACAGAAGGACCGCACAGGCCACCUGCGUGGCCGCGGAAUGCGGUCUACCCUCCCCUCCGCGCAGAUGCCCAUCUCGCGGGCUGUGCUCCUCCAUUGGCACCGAUGCCAAUGAACGGUGGCGCACCGCUCACCCCGCCUCCGCGGACGCACGACGGCGUUCACCUCCAUCGCCACGCGGAUCCUUUUGCUCCUUUGCCCCCCUCUCCGCCAGAAGUUCAGGACAACAGCUUGACGAGGUACGGUGCAGAAGGUGCAUGGAAACGAAAAAGAAAGAGGGCGAGGCGGACUGCGUGGCUAGUGGAAUCGGCGAGGAAGCCAGUCGUGGCGAGCGUGCAACAUCGUCCUCACAGCUGUGUUGUGCCUCUGCCGUCGCCAGCGCCACUGCCCAUCGUGGAAGGUCGCACACCAGCCCCCUUCGCCACGGCGCCAGAAGCGAGCAACGCAGCCAAACAGCCGUUGCGAGGCCACACGACAGCCGUCGAUGCGCCACACGAGAGCGGGACCUCAUCUUCCACGUCUUCCUCGUCGUCGGAUGCGCUUUGCAGCACCGCUGCAGCUGCGUUACCGGAGUCUCUGCUACCGCAAUCGAUCGACGCUGCGGCUCUGCGUGCCACCGUACGCGACGUUCUCGACGAUUACAAUAAACGGACGCGGCUGCUUCCUGCAGAGAAGGCGGAACUGGCGACCAUUUCUUCUCGAAUCGAGCUGGCGAGACAGCUUGGUAUUGCUACAGAGCACGGCGAGGACGGGUUGCGGAAGCGGCAGCGGUACCUGCAAACGCGCAUUCUGGCGUGGCAGCAGACGCGAGCGCAGGUGGCGCAGCUUACCGCACUGCUGGAGGAAAAGGUGCGUGUGAAACAGUCUUCCGCGGCGUCUCAGAUCGGCAGUGAGUGA